CUAGAACGCAGCAAGACCGUUUCCAUGGUAGCGAGUGGCCGGAGCCUUGGCUAGGACGUAACCAACAAAGUAGGGUCAGUGUUCCGUGGCUCCACGCAGAGCCAGGCCAGCGGGACCACAGAGAAUGGGCUGAAGCGGCGGCAGCUGUUUGGAUAAAGUCGACAGCUGGACGUGGGGCGUGACGCCGGUCCGGCAUCCUAAGACGUCUGGUUUGAAUUGAGGGCGGGAAGUAGGCGACUGCUGUAGUGCAGGAACUUCUUAUUUGACAGGAACAUGACAGGAAUUGUGGGGACCCCAUGCUUGAUGGAUGGUGACUUAUAGUGAGUAAUAAAAGCCCAGCUUGAAAAUGGAGAUGUAUGAAACUCUUGAAAAAGUGGGAGAGGGAAGUUACGGAACAGUCAUGAAAUGUAAACAUAAGAAUACUGGGCAGAUAGUGGCCAUUAAGAUAUUUUAUGAGAGACCAGAAAAAUCUGUCAACAAAACUGCGAUGAGAGAAAUAAAGUUUCUAAAGCAAUUUCAUCAUGAAAACCUGGUCAAUCUGAUUGAAGCUUUCAGACAGAAAAAGAAAAUUCACUUGGUAUUUGAAUUUAUUGACCACACAGUACUAGAUGAGUUACAACAUUAUUGUCAUGGACUAGAGAGUAAACGACUUAGAAAAUACCUCUUCCAGAUCCUUCGAGCAAUUGAAUAUCUUCACAGUAAUAAUAUCAUUCAUCGAGAUAUAAAACCUGAGAAUAUUUUAGUAUCCCAGUCAGGAAUUACUAAGCUCUGUGAUUUUGGUUUUGCACGAAAACUAGCAGCUCCUGGGGACAUUUAUACGGACUAUGUGGCCACACGCUGGUAUAGAGCUCCAGAAUUAGUAUUAAAAGAUACUUCUUAUGGAAAACCUGUGGAUAUCUGGGCUUUGGGCUGUGUGAUCAUUGAGAUGGCCACUGGAAAUCCCUAUCUUCCUAGUAGCUCUGAUUUGGAUUUACUCCAUAAAAUCAUUUUGAAAGUAGGCAAUUUGACACCUCACUUGCAGAAUAUCUUUUCCAAGAGCCCCGUUUUUGCUGGGGUAGUUCUUCCUCAAGUUCAACAUCCCAAAAAUGCAAGAAAAAAAUAUCCAAAGCUUAAUGGAUUAUUGGCAGAUAUAGUUCAUGCUUGUUUACAAAUUGAUCCUGCUGACAGGAUAACAUCUAGUGAUCUUUUGCAUCAUGAGUAUUUUACUAGAGAUGGAUUUAUUGAAAAAUUCAUGCCACAACUGAAAGCUAAAUUACUGCAGGAAGAAAGAGUCAAUCCACUAAUAAAGCCAAAAGAGAAUUCUAGAGAAAAUGAACUUAGGAGAGAUGAAAGAAAUGUAGUUUAUAGCAAUACACUGCUAAGUGGCUCAGUUUUGGGAAAGGAAAUAGAAAAAGAGAAAAAGCCCAACGAGAUCAAAGUCAGAGUUACUAGAGUCAAAGGAGGAAGAGGAGAUACCUUAGAACUGAAAAAGAUGGACUAUGAAGGUGGACUUUGUCAACAGGAUCCACAUGAAAAUGUUCAUGCUAUGGCUCAGGAUACAAAACUUGUAACCAGUGAACCACCAAACCCUAUCAACCCCAGCACUGACUAUAAUGGCUUGAAAGAGUAUCCACAUUGCAGAAGUUCUGUGACAAUGCCACCCAUCAAUCUAACUAACAGUAAUUUGAUAGCUGCAAAUCUCAAUUUAAAUCUCUUUCACCCCAGUGUGAGGUUAACUGAAAGAGCAAAAAAGCAACGAACUUCUUCACAAUCUACUGGACAAGUUAUGCCUAAUAGCAGGCAAGAGGAUACGGGUCCUAUUCAAAGCCAAAUGGAGAAGGAUAUAUUUAAUGAGCAAACAGGUCACAGUGACCAAAUGGCAAAUGUGAACAAAAGGAAGCUGAACUUUUCCAGAUCUGACAGGAAAAAAUUCCAUUUUCCGGAAUUGCCUGUCACAAUACAGUCAAAAGAUACAAAAGUAAUGGAAGCUAAACAGAUAAAAAUGCUGAAGAGGGAGUCAAAGAAAACAGAUUCACCUAAAAUACCAACUUUACUUAAUGUGGAUCAAAAUCAAGAAAAACAAGAGAGAGUGAAGAUGAUUCUGAAAUUCUCUUCAAAGUUAGAUUAUCAUAGUCUCCGCCAGAGGGAGUCCACAGUCCAUCAUUUUCAGGAGCUGAAGUCAACCUGUCCCUAACAGAUGACAAACCAUUUGGUCUCCUGUUGGACUGAACUAAUCUGAAAAAUUCUGGAUUAUGCUCCAAGAUGUGACUCAAGCAUCAACUUCUGUGGAAAUACUUGCCCAGCUUCCUCAAGCAACAAGACCAUCCCUCUUGCAUGUAUGUUUAAUAAACGAUUUGCUUGCCUAUUGGACUGUGUGC